GAGAUGUAUUGAUAAUGUGUCGCAAGGCGGUGGAUGUCCUCCCCCCACCCGAUUGGGUUUAGUGUCACCGUGCGAACUUCAAUCCGCAGAAAAACAUCGCCGAGACCUGUUCAAGCAAACCCCAACCCAACACCCGCAUCGCAAUGGCCUCAGCAGCAAGAUACUUGGGCCGGUCAGCCUUAUCCAUGGCCCGGAGAGGCCCGAUCUCCAUUCCAUACCGUUCAUUCUCCGCCACCACGCCAAGUUUCGUGUCAGAAGAUCCGCCAGUGCCGCCAGCACCCCGAGAGCCCCGUCCGGAGGAAUUGCCUUUGAUGCCGGAGUACUCCCCUGAUCUACUUAACAAGAGUGAGCGAUCACUGUACGAUAUGUUGGCACCCGAAGAACGGGAGCAAUUCGACGCCGAGAACCGUCGGCUUGUUGAGGAGUACAACAACCCAGCGAAGCGAGCGGCCGCGUUUGCGGAGCUCGAGAAGAGCGUGAACUACGUGGAAAAGGAAGUUCCAAUGCGAUUUGAUGAUGUCCGAGAGAAGAGGCCUGGUUUCUGGGGUGAUGAGGAGAACGACGAAUUCGCCCUAGUUGAGGACGCGGACGAUGACUUCCACGACGACGAUAUCACGUCGAUGGCCCAUGCCGAACUCGAAGUACACCGCGAGAUCAGAGAGUACGCUAGAAUUGCCGCCUGGGAUAUGCCAUUGCUGAGCUCUUUCGCUAAGCCCUUCACGCUCCCGCCGCACACUCACAUCCUCCGCUUCCGCUACACCACAUACAUGGGCGAGUCGCACCCCGCUGAGAAUAAAGUCGUCGUCGAGCUGAGCUCCAAAGAUCUAUCCCCCAAGUAUCUCUCCGAGGCGCAGCGCCAGACAUUCCUUAAGCUUGUCGGUCCGCGGUAUAACCCUGACACCGACAUUGUACGGAUGUCCUGCGAAAAGUUCACCACUCGUGCCCAGAACAAGCGCUAUCUGGGCGAUAUCAUAAACACAUUGGUCAAGGAAGCCAAGGAAGGAGAUGCUUUCAAGGACGUUCCUCUUGAUCUCCGCCAUCAUAAGCCCAAGACCCGACUCCAAUUCCCAGACUCCUGGAAAAUGACCGAGGAGCGCAAGAAACAGAUCGAAGCCCGCCGUGCUGAGAGAAAACGCCAGGAAAUGGAAAAAGCCGGCAUCGUUGAUGGCAAGGUGGUAGUUGCUGAAGCGGCUAAGGUCUUGCCCUCAUUGAACCCUGCUUUGAGGGCCCAAGCAACCCAAGAACGAGAGAAGGUUGCUGUUCGAGUCACCGGUAAAGCACAGAAGAAGAGACUACGCUGAAUAUGAGCAAUGUACGAAUGCGGGGUGUACAAUUUAUACGUCUGUUGGUCUAGGCGCUUUUUCAGCCUUAAAAUAUCAGGAGCGGCGCAAUCGCAAUGUCAUAUUAGACUUACUUAUCCAAUGUAUUAUACUCAUUCAUCUUCAUACAUACCAUCAUAUUGCAUCAUUCAAUCUUAGUAGUCAUGGGCUAAGUUUACCCAUGCAUAGGAG